AUGGAUAAGAGCCACACAGUAAAGCUUUUUGUGGGGAAUUUGGCUCUUGAUACCACCCAGGAGGAACUGUCAGCCAUCUUCGAAGCUUACGGACAGGUGGUCAGUUGUAGUGUUCUCCGGCAGUUUGCCUUCGUGCACCUGCAGGGGGCGGGCGCCGCCGAGCGCGCCAUCCGCGAGCUGAAUGGCCGAGAAUUCAAGGGGCGGAACCUGGUGGUGGAAGAGUCGCGGGGACGGCCGCUCCACUCCACCAAGGUGUUUGUGGGUAAUCUGAGUGGAAUGUGCACUACAGAAGACCUUCAGGAGUUGUUCCAGACCUUCGGCAAAGUGCUGGAGUGUGAUAAGGUCAAAGGCUAUGCCUUUGUUCACAUGGAGAAUAAAGAAGAUGCUCUGAGAGCCAUCGAGGCUCUUCACGGUACCUCCUUCAAGGGCCGCCCGCUCUCGGUGGAGCUCUCCAAGGUCCAGCCCAGCAAGCAGACUCCCACUGGAAAGAUCCCCUGCGUCAGCUGCGGCAAGCAGGGCCACUACGCGGGAGAGUGCCCCGCCGGCAAACCGACGCUGGAGCAGUACCAGAGCCAGGCCGCCGUGCUGGCCGCCGCGGCCGCUGCCGCGGCCGGCCUGCCCCUGCAGGUCCAGCAGAGCGUCCACAACUCCGUAUACAACACAUCCACCUUGGACCCCACCUACGCCGCCCUGACGGGUCUCACGGCCAGCGCGCGGGCAGAGGGGAGCUCGGUGACCCCGGCCGUGUACGGAGCGUUGGCCAGCCAGGUUUACGGCACGGCGGUUGCCAAUCAGCUCUACGGCACGGUGGCCAAUCAGGCGCUGAACUCUGCGGCCGCGCCCGUUUACGGCUCGGUGAACCCCGCCCUUUACGGCCAGGUGGCCUCGGGGGCGGUCGCCGCGGCGGCGGCUGCCGCCGCUUACGGGCCCCAGGUCUACACUCCGGCCGUGGCCAAUCCCGUUUUCCUGGCCGCUCCGGGGAUGGAGGUGCCGGCAGCGGCGGCCGCAGCGGUGAACCCGGCGUAUUCCGUCGCCCCGGCGAUUUACAGCACCACUCCGGCGUACGGGGCCCUGGGCGCCGCCGACCCCACGGCGAUUUUCGAGGCGGCGCGGGUACAGUACAUCACACAGGGGCAGCAGGUGCUGGCGGAACAACAGACCACCUCCAAAUCCGGGGAGAGGGACAGGAGCCCCCUCAGACGGUCGGCGCCCCUCCUCCCGGACCCCGUCAUUAAACCCUUCAUGUACCAGAGAGCCAAGCGCAGGGCUCUGCUGCCCACGCCCGCGGGACGGGCCGAAGAGGCCGCAGGACAAGAGGAAGACCCCAUGGCCAGGUACUACGCAGAGUAUUACCAGCAGUGCCAGCAGCUGCAGCAGUACACGCAGUACCAGUAUGCCUACCCUUCUCCGAACCCCGUGGCAGCCGUGCCCGCUGUCCCGGCGAUGCCGACCCUCCCCGCCCUCCCCGCCCAGCCCAUGGCCACCCUGGAAGCCCUCAGGCCAGUGCUGCCCGCCGCCCCCGCCGCCGCCAUCGCCAUGGCGACGCCGCGAGUGUAUGAGCCGCCGCUUCCGCCGCCGCGCAAGGACCCCCUCCUCCGCCGCUCCGAGCUCUCCCUGCACACGCCUGAAACCCCCUUCCGAUAGUCACUUCCGCCCCCCCACCCCCGCCCCCCUCCUCGCUGUGUGCGUGUGUGUGUGCGCGCGCGUACGUGGAUGCUUGUGUGUGUAUGUAUGUAUGUAUGUAUGUGUGCGUGUGCGCGCGUAUGUGAGUGCGUCUUGGUAUAUGGGAGGGUGGCCGUCUCAGUUUACUAAGGACUGGAAACCAACCAAGGUUCUGAACACACACCGUGUAGUGUAGUUAGUUCAGGAUUCUUAAAGGGGAAAAAAAAAAUGCAUGCGUAAGUCCUCAUAUAUGCUACUUA